GCCGCGCAAGGCCCGCCGGGAGUCGGCCGGGGCCGCCAAGAUGUCGCAGCCCAAGAAAAGAAAGCUUGAGUCGGGGGGCGGCGGCGGCGGAGGAGGGGAGGGAAGUGAGGAGGAAGAUGGCGGAGCGCCGGAGGCGGCCCCGCCGCGACCCCGGAGGGCGCGGCGGGAGCGGGACCAGCUGUACUACGAGUGCUACGCGGACAUCUCGGUGCACGAGGAGAUGAUCGCGGACCGCGUCCGCACCGACGCCUACCGCCUGGGCAUCCUGCGGAACUGGGCCGGGCUGCGGGGCAAGACGGUGCUGGACGUGGGCGCGGGCACCGGCAUCCUCAGCCUCUUCUGCGUGCAGGCGGGCGCCCGGCGCGUGUACGCCGUGGAGGCCAGCGCCAUCUGGCAGCAGGCCCGCGACGUGGUGCGGCUCAACGGGCUGGAGGACCGCGUGCACGUGCUGCCGGGGCCGGUGGAGACGGUGGAGCUGCCCGAGCAGGUGGACGCCAUCGUGAGCGAGUGGAUGGGCUACGGGCUGCUGCACGAGUCCAUGCUGCGCUCCGUGCUGCACGCGCGGGCCCGCUGGCUCAAGGAGGGCGGCCUGCUGCUGCCGGCGUCCGCCGAGCUCUUCGUGGCGCCCGUCAGCGACCAGAUGCUGGAGCUGCGCCUGGGCUUCUGGAGCCAGGUGAAGCAGCUCUACGGCGUGGACAUGAGCUGCCUGGAGAGCUUCGCCACGCGCUGCCUCAUGGGCCACUCGGAGAUCGUGGUGCAGGGCCUGUCCGGGGAGGACGUGCUGGCGCGGCCGCACUGCUUCGCGCGGCUGGAGCUGGCCCGCAGCGGCCUGGAGCAGGAGCUGGAGGCCGGCGUGGGCGGCCGCUUCCGCUUCAGCUGCUACGGCUCGGCGCCCAUGCACGGCUUCGCCGUCUGGUUCCAGGUGACCUUCCCCGGCGGGGACGCGGAGAAGCCCCUGGUGCUGUCCACCUCGCCCUUCCACCCGGUCACGCACUGGAAGCAAGCGCUGCUCUACCUGAACGAGCCGGUGCCGGUGGAGCAGGACACGGACAUUUCCGGAGAGAUCACGCUGCUGCCCUCCCGGGACAACCACCGCCUCCUGCGCGUGCUGCUGCGCUACAAAGUGGGCGACCAGGAGGAAAAGACCAAAGACUUUGCCAUGGAGGACUGAGCGCGGCCUCCUCCUCCGCCGCCCCCACCCCCAGCCCCAGGCGGCCGGCCUGCGGGGCGGGGUGCAGGGGGCCGGAGCCGCGGCGGAGCCCGGCGCGCAGGUGGGCGCAGCGCCUCCCCGCGCCCUCCCCGCGCCCGGUUCCCGGGAGGCAGGCGGACUGGAGUCUCCUCCUCCCAGGAGGUUCUCCCGGCGAUAUUUAUUUAAAAAGUGAACCCCGAGGCCCCCAACGAUGGAAACAGCUUGUUUAUUACUGGGCCUCAAAAAGCAUGUGGUACCAAGCACUUGUAUUUCUGUUUCUUUUGUUUCGCGGGAAGGAAGCCAAACACAGAGGAAGGCUCCGUGCACAUCCCUGAUGUCUCCCACCCAAACCUGAAGCCAGGGAGAAGGCUAACGGGGUUUACCUAGACUCCAUAAAUUUCCACUAUGACUUAAAUAUUAUCUCUCCAGAGCCAUAUUCUUUCGUUCUCGAAAUUCCCUCCUUUCCUAGGUGCCUCUAGGCUUCAGUGCUUCUUCCUCCUUGUUUUUUUAAAUAAACUUUUGCUUCUGGUAAUGAGAGGGAGGAGAGUGAGGAAGCAGUUUGAAUUAUCCUGUUCUUACACUUAACUACUUCCAUAGGGUGCUAAAGUCGAACACAUUUCUCCUUUUUGAGUAAAAUAGGCCAUAUAUAAUUGUGCAGCAUACCCCCCCCCCCCCCCAACAUCAACAAGGUACAUUUAGGAGAGAAACAUCUGAAAGUGAAGUAGUACGGGUUUUUUUUUAUUCUUGAUUUUACUAUUAAGAUUUAACCAAGGCAAUGUUUCGUGUAUGUUACAUAAUAAAGUUUUGUGUGACUUUUAUUAAACCAGUUGGCAGAAGGCUUUCUGAACCUGACCCAAGGGGUUUGUUCAUCAUAUUGGGUAAAUUCUUUAGGCUCUUUAAAUUAAGGAAAAUCUUUUCCCAGCUAGAGAAAUGCACUCACUUAAACUCUCACUUGGGGAGAUCAUGUGAUCUGGCCUACUUACAUCAAUUGAAAUUUCCUUUUUUUAGUGUUGUUGAGUUCUUUUUUUUUUUUCUUUUUAGCUCAGCCAAAUGUGAAAGUUGUGAAUUUCGGAAAAUCAUUUGUGAUGAAGUGUGAGUCAUGUUAUCAAAUUUAUUUCACGGAUGUUUCCCUCCUUAUCCCUGUGGCAAAUAAAACAUUGGCAUUCUAUUUUUAUAGAUGAAGUAAGAAGUCUUGUGUACUGCGACUUAAUAAUGCUUUUGCCUACUUAAUAUCGUCAGUUCUUAAGUGUUACAACCCUUUCGGAAUAUAGCUUCAGGAUAGUUUAUGCUUAAUGUAUGUUUUUUCUUCAUACUGGUGGCUUUUGUAUGCUGAUAGAAAACAGGUGUGAGAAGUGGUCUUUGAAGUAAUUCAGUAUAGUUUUGUUUAUUGUAAAUGAGUUUUCUCCUUUAUUCAUCACAUAUUAAAGUACUGAAGUAUUAUAA